AUGUCCCCGGGAGGCGGCGGCUUCGCGUGCAAAGCCCUCAGAAGCGCAUCCUUACGGGGGCCAUUCCAGAUCAUCGUCUCGCUUUGCCCUCCUCUCUGUGGCUGCUUCAAUCCCUAUCCUCUUGCCCCUUCAAUAACAAGGACGUCGGCAGGCGUCACCCUGGGUCACCCUGUCUUCGAGGAUCUCCAUGAAAAGCCCCCAAAACGCGAGGUGCUUAUCGAGUGGAGAACAAAGGGCCGAGGGGCGAGCGCGAGGCGAGUCCGCGCGCGGUUGUCCUUGGCUGCGCCCAGCUCGGAGGCGGGGGUCGCCGGCAGUGCGGACUCCGAGCCCGAAAAGGAGGCGGCGGGCGCGCUGGGAAGUCCGCGGCCCCCGCCUACCCCAGCGGACUGGAAGAGCCCCCAGUCUUCGAGUCAGGGCUGCCAUGUUGCAGUCGCGGAGGACACUAGUGAUUUGACGCUUCCGAGGCAGCGACACCCCCGACCCGAGAGCUCUUUGGGGCAGCCCUACGAGCGUCACAGCCCGAAGGGAUCGCGGGUCGCGGGUAAGAACCCGAUCCCGGCGGGCUGCGGAGCCGGCACGGCCGCGGCGCCGCCGCUUCCCCUCGCCACCUUCCUUCCAGGGGCUUGCGGGGCUGCGCGCUCGGCAGAGGCUCGGUUGCCAGUAGCAACCACACGACGGCGGUUUGCAGCCAAGGCUGCAGCCGCCGGACCCUCAACUCCGCUCGAAAGCAAGCUCCCCUGGCUCGGCCCUGCCCCCACGGCAGACAAUAGACAAAUAGGCUCGGAGCACACUGCUGUGCGGGCUGAGCCGGCACCUGAGCCCCCAGGAUCCUUGCGCUCGGCUUCGUCCCAGCCCCAGGAGAAAGUCAAGGGGAAGCAGGGCCGACCUGAGCGGCCGCCGCUAGCUUUUCUGGCUGCGCAGCGCUGCGGGGCCUCUGCUCCCGGGGUUCCAGCCUCCGCCUACACCGGGCUAGCCCCUGUGAGUUGGCCGCACCACUCUGGGGCCCACGGGUCAGCCGCGCCGUGGGGAGGCUCGCGCUGGGACUCCUCCGCGAGAGCCCGCGCAGCGCUGCGGUGCUUGCUGGAGGCCUGGCUGGGGGAAGCAAAGCGAAAGGACUCCGGACUUCUUCAUCUUUCAACCCGCCCCCAGCAGACGCCGGCGGCGACAUCUACGGCCCUUCUCCCUUCUGAUCCCUCCCCAGGCCGGCGGCCCGCGGGGCCACGAGUCAGUCGGAACCGGGACCUGCCCUCUAGCUCGCCUCCGUAG